GAACAGGUUGCGGCCAAGUGGGUAACUCAAGCCAAAACAAAUCCGUGUCCCAGAACCGCGGAGAGCAGCAAAGAAAGACGUCCGAAUCUCCUCUGAGCGGCGACGGCGCGUGUCCGAAUGAAGAAUGUGAAGAGGACAGCUUACGGACAAGCAUAGCAGGAGGAGGCGGUGCGAGGAAGGUAGCGAUGCAGCAGCAGCAUCGGCAUGCUCACCAUCAUGCGCACCGACACGUCCAUCGGCAGGUGUCGAUGAGCGGCAGGUACGAGGGGCGCCGGCCAAAGCACUAUGCCGCCGAGUGGGCCCUGCUGUGCACCCUGCUCGCGGGGCUCGCUUACCUGAUGCUGCGGGGGCAGGUCCAUGCGGCCCACCACUUCACCGAGGCCGACCUCUGGCUGCAGGAGAGCGAUCUCCAGCACCUCCAGCACUCCUUCAGCCAGGCUGGUAUCUCGACGCUGGUGAGCUGCGCGCAGCUGGAGCAGCUGCCCGAUCUGCCGAGCGAAGAUCAAGAAAGGGUGCGUCGAGCCGCGCGCGUUCUCCAACAGCGGCUCAUCCUCAAGCAAUGGCUCACGCACCACAACCUCGCCCAACACUACCAAAGGCUAGCGCAGCUGGAGGUGUCCGCCCUGGAAGACGUUUACUGGCUGGAGGACGUGAGGGCAAGGCCCGCGUUGGGCAAAGACUUCACGUCAUGGACCACUGCCAGACAAGCGCUACCCACUUCCAAAGAGCAGCUCGAAGCGCUGAAGGAAGAGCUCUGGACAGAAGUCGUCAAGACAGACGCUCACACGUUCUGGAGCUGGGGUGGAAUGAUGGUAGUCUCGCUGAGCGUGGCUGGCCUGGUGACGCUGGCCGCCAUGACGCAGCCAGCGUUGGCGCCCGAGGCCAAGCACACCCUGCUGCAGUAUGUGACCGGCAAGUACCUACUACCUGGCAACUGCAGGGUCACCUUCGAGUGGGACGAGCCGCAGGUGGUUGGUGAAACCAUGGCCUUCACCGUCAGGUUCUAUCAACGCAAUGGACAGCCGUAUCCAAUCUGCGAUACAGACAACCUGUUUGUUGAGGUGGCCCAAGGAAACCGAAGAGUGGCUGCCGUGACACAGCUCGGCGGCGCUGAUCCUAGCCAGGCGAACGUGGCUGUUGUGAAAUUCACCGUGCGUCAUUCGGGCCAGUACCGCGUGUCGGUGCUCAUUGGAAAUUGCCACGUCAAAGGCAGUCCUUUCCUCAAGUGCUUUUUACCAGGUCCACCUGAUCCCAGCAAAACGAUCUUUGUGCGGCACAGCUCAACCGUAGUGUGCACCGCAGAUGUGCCUCAUGUGCUCACCAUAGAGCCACGCGACGAGUUCAACAACAUCUGCAUGUUCUUGCCUGGAGAAGACCCCACAGAUGGCUAUUCAGUCCACAUUGCAGAGAUUGGCUGCAACAAGGCUUUGCCUGAGAACGCUCGGCUUGAAUAUGACACUUCCAGUCAGAGGAUAUGCCUUCAGGUUUUGUUUCCUGCUGAAGGAUGCUUCCAUGCCUCUGUUGCCUACAAUGGAGUGGUUUUGAACAAUGGCGACUUUGAUAUCAUUGUGCUAAACAAAGCCGACGCUUCUUUUGUGAACAAGAACAUGGCCACCAAGAAUCACAAUAUUACUUAUGAGGCGCGGCUGAUUAGCGUACAGGGGGAAAAGCUGACUAAACCGAAGAAGGUGUACUGUUAUGUGUCUCCAAAACAACUGACCAUCAAGGAGUUGAUUCUCAAAUUCAUACCAAAGAGACUGGUCACCUUCAGGCUGUGUCCAUCCACAAAAUUUACUUUCCUGAGCAACAACAACCAACUGAACCAGCCUUCAUUCAUCGUAGACGAUGGUUGCCAGCCAAAAGUGGAGCUAGUCACUAGAGACAGGAACGUGCUAGCAGCCACUUUCACUCAUUUCUUGCUCAAGAACAUUGGCGGUUCCGAGACGUUCAAAGACAAGCAGGACUUUUUCUACCACGAAGUCAGAAAGUUCCACCAAAAGCAUUACCACGACAAGCUUCCAAUGAAAAUAAACAGAGAAAAGCUGUUAGAAUCGUCGAUGAAGGCGACCAAAGGUUUCUCUGUGGCUGACUGGUGCCGCAACUUUGAGCUGACCUUCCAGGGUGAGCAGGGCCUUGACUGGGGCGGCGUGCGCAGAGAGUGGUUUGAGCUGACAUGCGCCUCUUUGUUUGACGCCAAGAACCUAAUCUUCUGCGGCUUCUCAGACAACCACCAGGCGCUGGUGCAUCCAAACCACCAGCGGCCGGCACAUGUCAAGCUUAAGUGCUAUGAAUUUGCCGGCCGACUGGUCGGCAAAUGUCUGUACGAGUCAGCAUUGGGCGGCUCCUACCGCCAGUUGGUGCGCGCCAGGUUCACCAGAUCAUUCCUUGCUCAAAUCAUUGGUCUCAGAGUCCACUACAAGUAUUUUGAACAGGAUGACCCUGACUUGUACCUGUCCAAGGUGAAGUACGUACUGGAAAAUGAUGUUGAUGAUAUGGACAUGUACUUUUAUGAGGAGGAAUACGACCGCUUUGGCCAACUUAUCAAGGUUGCAGAGUUAGUGCCAGGGGGGACCAAGAUUCGCGUGACGAACGCGACCAAACACCAGUACCUGGACGCGUUGGCUCAGUACAGGCUGGCCAACAAUGUCAAAGAGGAGAUGGAGGCUUUCCUCAAGGGCCUAAACGAGCUCAUCCCAGACAACCUGCUCAGCAUUUUUGACGAGAACGAAUUAGAGCUUUUACUGUGUGGUACUGGCGAGUACAGCAUCGCAGACUUCAGGGCGCAUCACAUUAUAAACGGCAACACUCCAGAAUUCAGGCGCAUCCUCGGCUGGUUCUGGACUGCUGUGGCCAAUUUUACGCAAGAGGAGAUGGCUCGUCUGCUGCAGUUCACCACUGGCUGCUCGCAGCUGCCUCCUGGUGGUUUUGCAGAGCUCAGCCCCCGCUUUCAGAUCACUGCGGCGCCAACAUUUGGGAACCUGCCCACCGCCCAUACCUGUUUCAACCAACUCUGCCUGCCAGACUAUGAGAGCUACGAACAAUUUGAAAAGGCGCUGCUGCUGGCCAUCAGCGAAGGCACUGAGGGUUUCGGAAUGAUCUGAGCAACGGUUAUCUCAAACUUCCAGCUACAUUUUUAUCCUACAAGCACCAAACCAGGAUAAGGGGUUGGAUUAAAUUUGCAAAUAAGAAAUGUUUACCUUUUUAAACCCUUUCCAGGCUAACCCGUUUGUUGGGUUUCCUCAUUAGUCGCUACUUUUAAAAGUCUAUUUGCCGUGUCGGAUUAACUUUUUGACUAUAAAUUAUAUAACUUCCUCCCUCUUGAAUAUCAUUGUCAUAUUGUCGCUUUACGAAAAUCUCACUUCAUACUCUCGCAAUGUUAAUUGUCACUCUCAACCACAAUUUUUAUGCCUGAUUUAUAGACUGAGAAGGGAAAUAAUUAGUGUCCUUUGCCUGUUGGAUCAUGCUAUUCGCAAACAUGGCAUUUUUUCUCCUUAGUAUGUUUCUAAGAUUCCGCAACAUUUAGCCAAUAAAUCCAUCCAUUAAAUUUUGCAACGAUGACCUUUGAAAUAGAAACUCGCUAGUUUGUACUUGUGUGAGGUGACUUUUGAGACGCAACCUUUCGGCAUCUAAUGGCCAAACCGUAUUCAAAUAAUGAAACUUGAAAUGGGCCCUUUUAUUCUUGUGACAAGCAGAAAAAAAACAGUGCACUCUAUGGUGCAUGGCUGACGAAUUAAUAUCAAUGAGUAACCCAAAGUGUAAGUAAAUUGAAGAUUGAUCUCUUUGCUUAGUCGUAACGAGAGUCAAAUGGAAACUAAAUAUAAGUUGUUGUAACACAGAGAAGCUAAAAUGUAAGGUUUCAGUGCUCUGCUUCGGAGCUUGUUUAGCUUGUGAGUAUAGCUUGAACCACCAUAGCAGGUUGCAUGUCAAAAUACUUAGCUUACAUUUAAUAAAAUAUAUUGAAACGAACGUUUUGUAGUCAUGCAAAGUUUUAAAAAGAGACGACAAUAAAAGCAAAAUGGAGACAACUUGUGGACACAGUUUCCUGCCUAACAGGUUUUGCUCUGUUGAUUGUUCUUUGUGGAUAAUGAGAAAUCGAUGAAAAAAAUGUCUCCCCAACAUCUGUGCGCGUCUCCCUGCCUGUUUUUCUCAGUUGUAACACACAUUGUGAAUGAAACGUCUUGACCUCUGUCUGUAGCCCUUGAGAAGAGCUACACCAAUGAUAGUUGGGACCAUAAUCAUUGUUGAAAUUUAACACAGUUUCCACUCGCUUGAUCGAUAAGUUUCAAUUUUCAUUUGGCAUUAUAAUUCCAUUGAAUCUCACGCGCUGACGCAGCUUACAGCUAGCCAAAAUUGAGAAAUGUAGGCCGAGAAGGAUUCUUUUAGAGCCAACUUUUAAGUGAACUGUAGUGAUCUUAUGAUGUAAUAACGCAAUUGACAGUUGUUUGUGGAUUGCCAAAUUUAUAGUGAUUACGAUUAAUAUAACAAAUAGUAGUUAUGUUAUAUUUUGUGAAUUAAAACAGCGAUUGUAUUUGUAAACAAA